AUGCAAUCCACUCUCACAGACGAGCAGGCGCGUGCCGUCGCUAAGGCUCGCUUCCAAGACAGCUCUAUUACUGUCGACUUGCCCCGGGCCACCCUCCGCACCAAGAGGGCGGUGGCCAGUAGCGAGCGUCAGAGCGGAGACACUCUCAACGACGUCAUCGCUGACCCUGUCAGACGCAACAAGCUAAUUGAUGACAACAAUUUACUCAAAGCCAUCAUAAUGACCCGUGAUGGCCCCAUUUUUAGCUCCAGGGAGCUCAUAGAGCGCCCCAGCACGCUCCGUGCUGUCAUCAACAAUGUAGCUACCAUCGAGACGACCACUGUUGAGGUCGAGUUUACCCAGAAGCUCAUGGAAUCUAACUACAACUCGGUUUCUGUCAAGGCAUCAGCCCCCUAUGUUACGGCCACCGCCGAGUACUCCGAGAGCUCGACUUGGAAGAACGACGAGACCGAGAAGUCGAUGUAUGUGUCCUCUCGUUAUCUCUUCCCUCAAGGUCGCAUCGACUUCAGCGCUCCCGGAUCGGGCUUUGACGACGUCGUGAAGCUCAGUUCUGGAUUCACGAACGCCAUCCAGAGCGCCCUCGGGAAGUCCAGUUUGACUGACAGGAGGGAGGCGCUUCACAACGUCUUCGAAGAGUACGGCCAUGUCUUCAGAACCAAGACCAAGAUUGGGGGGGUUCUCUCUGCUCACACCCAGGAGACAUUCAAGAGGACCGAGAAUGAGACCGAAGUGAAGCAAGAUGUCAAGGCCGGGCUUGAAGUUGCAGUCAAGGAUUGGGGUGCUGGUGUUACUGCUGGCCAUGGAAAUACCAGCUCGACCAUUACUACGGCGCAGAAUCGCAAGCUCGAGACGAAGUACAUUGUUAACGGCGGAGACUACACGAAGAUCCAGAACACCGCUGAAUGGAUCGCCUCCACUGACAAGUCUGAGUUCUGGAGAGCCAUCGAAGUCACCGAGGUCGUUCCGGUGGUGGACAUACUUCCAGACGAGGUCAGGCUCGAGGUCAAGCAACUACUCAGGCCGCUCCUUGGAAAGUGGGUCGGCAUUGAGAGAGUUGACGGAACCUCGCAGUUGCCAAUCUCCAUCUACCGGCCCAAGGACCCGAUUCCCUCUGGGUGGUUCUGGAUCGGACAGAGCGCCGACAGCAGCAAGGCACUUCUCGUCAAGCCCACUCUUCCGUACAAGGCCGGUCGCAACCCUGCUCUCACUGGCGCGCACCCUGGCGAAGGGAUGACCGACCAGCCCUUCGUUGACCUUCCCCAGUACCAGUUCCUCUCGACAUACUUCGGCGGCUUUGUCUACAAUACCCCACCCGGCUCGUUGCUUCGGGGCUUGAGGCCUGAUUUGGGACUCCCCGGUCGUUACGAGAUGCAUGGCGAAAGUAUCAGCACCGCUGUGUACGUGACGCGUCCCGUCAGUGCGGUGGAUCCAGAGGAUAAGUGCUUGGACUUGCAGUCUGUCAUUCGCGUGAAGCUCCCUGGUUCGGGAAACCCUCCCAAGCCGACGUGGGCUUUGAGGGAGAACAUGGUAUUGUUCGACUCUAAGGAGGAGUAG